CGAAGAGAUAAAACAGUUUAAUUGUGAACAAACGACAAAAAUAUAACAAGCCAACAAGCAACUUAAAGAUAAUUGUAACAUUAGACAACUGGAAAGUAUCGAUGAUUUACAUUUAGUGUUAGUAGGCGGUGUUGUGAAACACCCAGCACGCAAAAAUCAUACGAUUUAGUUGUUUUUUCUGAUCAUUGUUUCUUUGGUUUUUGUGUUUGAUACAUAUUGAAUAAAAAAAAGGAAUAUAUAUAUUGAACUGUGAAAAAGCAACAAUUUGGCCGAGGUCAAUUGAAAAAUAGCCCUUAAAAAUGCCCUACUAUGGUCUAUAUAUACCCGUAAAGGGCGGUGGUAGCACAACGUCUGGAACAACUUCGAAUCAAAGUGGCAGCAGUAGUGGCAAUGAUGACGCUGCUGCUUCCAAUGAUAAUGUAACCGAAUCUCAACUGGUAUUCAAGGCUAAGGCAGACGCAUUAAAAGUUCUUAAAAAGCAUAAAGAUGCCCGGCUUAAGGAAUUCUCCAUUGAAGAAGAUGCCAUCAAAUAUGCCAAAACUGGAUUUGAAAUUGUACAACAAAAAUACAACGAUGUUAGAACUUCUACGGCAUCGUUGGAAACACCCGCAUUUAGAGCUCCCACAAAACAAGAACUUGUGCGAUUUCGCAAAUUGAUAGAAGACGACGAUUACAAUCGCGUGAAACAAACUAUUUGGGAUAAUCCACGUUAUCUCGUGAGCUCUGGUGAUACUCCAACGACACUCAAAGAGGGCUACCGCUACAAUGCCAUGCACGUUUGUGCACUCUCAAAUCGUCCGCAAAUAGCUGAACUUAUUUUAAAGACUGUUUCUGAUACGAAAUUUGCCGAUCUGUUGACCGGGAAAAAGUACGAUCAGAAAAUGUGCCAGGAAUUGUGCAUAAAUCUCCUGGACUAUUAUCUCAAUAUACCGGAAAAGGGGCGCAGCGAUACGCCUUUGCAUUUGGCGUCUAAAUUCGGUAACGUGGCAAUGGUGGAACUCUUGCUUUCCUAUCCCGAAUGUAAAUUGACGCGAAACAACGAAGGCAAAUUAGCGCAGCACAUAAUUUGUUUACGCUCAUCAAGCAUAGACGGCAGACAAACAAAAAUAGAAGAGCUUUUUAAGGAGCGUUAUUAUGUGCCUGUUCUCCGUUCGGUCGAUAGUUCUAUACCUGCCCAAAUUGGUCAACCAUUUGCAGCUAAUAACCCACCUCAACUUAACUGUGAUCCUUUAAGUCCUGAAGUCGAAAUUAAAGCAUUAGCAGGUCCAAUGACUCAAGAUCAGGCCAAGAAAUUUUAUCGUCGUUGGAAAACACCUCCUCGAUUGGGCAGCAAUGUCAGCUCGCCAAUAGCCAAUAAUCCGUUUAUAUCACCCAUGAAAUCCCGCAAUAGUCUACCGUCCACUCCACGUGAUUCAGGUAGUGCAACAAAUUCGCCCACUGCCAUGCUUCAGCGGCGUUCUCUCUUCAACUCAACACCUCAUCGCACAGAUGAGCGUCACAAUGGAACGAACGAAACCAACGGUUUUGCUGAUCAAUCCUCAUUGAUUCUAAAUGAUUCAUUCGACGACCAUCAAAACGGUAAUCAGGACAAAGAAAACGAGCGGGAGGCAUUCAAUAAACAGGAAACCAAUAAUAAUCACAGCGUAGAGAACAAAUUCAAGGGAAGCCUUUGCCCUGGAACUCCUUUGUUCAAGAUCAAAAGGGAUGCAUUUUUCACUUAUCGCGAGCAAAAUUUGGCAUCGCCCAUGCCGGGCUGCCUAGAAACUGACUAUAUGCAUGUUUCCGAUAUCUACGACAGUCCGGGCUAUAAAGAACGCCAUGUAAAAAAUACUGAUGCCGAAAAGGGUAUUGAAUGCAUCGGCCGUAAUCUAGCCAAGGAACAAAAUGUUGAAUGGCAAGAGUAUUGGGAUUUUUUAGAGAAGUUUAUAGACAUCGCUUCCGAGAAGGGUAUUGCGAUUCUGGAAAAAUAUCUGGCUCAAAAGCAAGCGGACUACGAGAGUGAGCAGAACAAAAAGAGGUCCAUUGGACGCAAUGCCGAAAUGUUGGAAGAUGUUUGCUCGGCAUUGGAGAAAUUCGGCUUUGUUGGCACAUCUAACGCAGAUGCAACAGACGCAAAUAGCCGCUGGAGAAACGGCAUUAAUCAGCGUUUCGAAAAUGGCUUUCGUAGUAGCAACCCGGUUCCUUCAAAUAUGAACGCCUCUGCUGCUCAACAAUCUGCGACGCCCUACACAUAUGUUGAAAAAUCAUUACAAGUGCAUGCCCGCCGAAUGACCAAAACUAUUGUCCACAAUAUUGAGAAUGAAGUGUCUAUAAACGACGCAUUACUUUUGGAAUUGCGUCGAGUGAAAUCUUUGAUUUACAGUUUCAAAGAAGAUGCCAGUUUUGCUAAUGUCAAUUUUGAAAAAGUACAUUCACGCAUUGGCAACUUGGUUGGGACGUUUUUGGAAAAUUCCCAGGAGAUCAGUUCUGAAAUGAAGGCGAAAAUAUUGAACAUUUUGCGAAAUCUUCUGCGUCAACAGGGUGAGAGGCGCGAACACAUAGAAUGCGUUUGUUCACGCAUACUCCAUAAGCUAGAGAAUCCAGUUGAACAAAUCCUUCCGGAAAAUUUAAAAACCGAGGAUAUGUGUUCAAAAGUGUGGUCCCAAGAGAAUGAUUGCAACUGCCAGUGGGAGAGUAAUUUAAGUCGCAAAACCAGUCACCGCAAUCGCAUGGAAGCGCGUUACAAAAAUCAUCAACGUAUGAAGCAACAAGAGAAGUCUUUACAACAACAACAAGUUAAUGAGAAAAUCUCCACAGAAUAUCGUAAUCCGAAGGUGGACAACGAUUCAUCAGAUGAUAUUGAUGAGAAUGUAUUUUGGUCUGAUUUUGGUUCAGAUAGCGACGAAGAGGAAGUUUUUUUUACACCUCCUGAUAGUCCAACUAACUGUCAUCGCUUAAACGAAGUGGAGGAUGAUGAUGAUGGAUAUAAGCAUUUUAUUUAUGGGAGUGAACCAACAAAACGAGAUUUGGAUGUUUUACAUGCAAUUUUUCACGUAGACAUUAACAAGGCAAAGUAUCCUACUAUUCAUUCCUGGAAAUCAGCUCUAAUGCGUUACUCCAACGAUGAAAUGGACUUUUUCCCCUCACCAAGAGUUGUCAAAAAGUCUCACACCUACGCAUCGACAGCCAAUAAAACAGACCCUGCCAUACCACCGCAAACACCAACUUCUCACAAGAAACCACAACCAUAUGUGCGUUCGAUUUCUAGUUCUUCCAUAACUUAUAACUCUUCCGGCCAGGCAAUCAUAAGGGAGCCAAUACUACAACUGCCUACAGCUAAACGUUUGUUUGCGUCUCCAGGAAAGCCAACAUUUGUAAAUACUGCCGAAUUUCCUGAAGUAAAAGAUGCCGCAGCUACAACAACCGCGCUGACGCCAAACUCGAUCAGCCAAACUGCAGCUGCUGAGUCUGCUGUCAAUAAUGAAAAGUCAACUGGAGUGAAUAUAGCGUUAAGAUCAAUACGGCCUCUAACACCACUCAAUAAAAUCCGUGGCCUGUUCAGUUCAUAUCGUGAACGCAUGGAAUCGAGUCCUUUGCCAUCGCUCAUGAGCGUGAAUGAGCGCGUUAGCAAAGAAGAAACCAAAAACUUAUCGCUGCUUAAUAUUUCCGAGUCAGAUUAUUUAACUUAGAACUGUUAGUAAGAUUUCAAGCUCAUUGGAAACUUUUUUUCUCUUUUGUUUUUGUUAAAACCUUGUUUCUCUUUCAUGUACAUUCAUAUUGCUCGUUGUAACAUAAGAUUUUCCUUUGAUUCAUCGUUACUUGUUCGUUGGCUUUUGCAAAAUAUAAAAAAAAAAUUUUUAGUUUAGUUUAUUAAACAAAAAGAAA